CUUAGUCAGUUCUUACACAGGAAUCCUAAUUUUACAGCCAACUGUAAAGUAAAGAACCUGUCUCAUCUCUAAAAAUGGUCACCAAGGUUGCUUUUCUUCUCGCUUUUUUCGGAGUGGCAGCUUCCAAACUCCCGCACAGACGUAAGUGUGACCCGGAGCCAAGACAGGAGACGCCAACUCUUUGCUCAAAUUACAAAAACAUCCUACACCUUGAUGAUAUCCAGACAAAACUCGGAGAGAGACAGAUGAUGCUGGAACAAAGGAUUGACGCUCUGGAACGUAAGACCGGACUGCAUCUCGAGUCUGCGAACAGCAACAUCAGUGCGCUGGAAAUCUCCGUGAGCAACCUCUCAAGUGCACUACAGGACCUCGAAAGGAUGAAGGCACAGACUGAGGCGGAAAUCAAAGACGCAAAGACGCAGCUGCAGAAACACAAACUUGACAUCGCCGGCCUGAAGAGAGAGGUUCGAGAUCUGGUCGAGCACAGGGAAAGAGUCGGGGGAAACUUCAGCGAGAUUGAAAAGAAACUCGACACAACCGAGAGACAGCUGAGGGAAAAAAAAGCCAAGCUUGAAAAUCUGGAGACAGAAACUGAAGCUGCCUUCAGUGACACACAGAGACUGCUGGAUCUAUAUAAGAAUGAACUUUCCCACCUUAACGUGACAACUCGGGAGCUUGAAGUCAAAGUUGAAGCCCGGCUGGGUGCCGCGAGGGCGGAACUCGAGGCUAAACUGAAGAAGAUACAAAACAACAGUGAGGCUUUCAGCACCAAACUGAAUGAACAAAAAGCUGAAGUGGACGAAUUCAAGGAAGAAAUUGACAGAAAAUUCUGUGCUUUUGACAAAAAGCUGAAAACUCAACAAACUGCAGUGGAACAGCGGGAGGCUGACAUUGACACUCUCAAGAGCAUCAGCGCAGGGAUAAAAAACAGACUGGAGUCGACGGAGAUACAACUUGCUGAACAAAAUAAACUAAAGCUGGCGGUGAACAGACUUGCAACAGAAGUCAAUGCUAAGGUGGCCUUUUCUGCAACGAUAGUCGAAUCACCGGGCGUGUUCACCGGACCUGCCACCACCAACAAUAUUCUGAUCUUUGACAGAGCCUUAACGAACACUGGCAAUGCUUACGACUGUAGCACAGGCAUCUUCACUGCUCCGCUGAAAGGGGUGUACCACUUCUCAUUCAUGACUUUCGGCUACAACCGCCACACUUCAGGAGCCAUCCUGGUGAAGAACGGGCACUACCAAGUGAGCACCUGGGAAUUCACCGGACUGGACAAGAGCGACACCACCAGCAACACAGUAAUCCUUGAACUGAACGUCAGCGACACCGUCAACAUCAUCCUGUGGAAAGGUGGCAAAGUACAUACAAGUGUCUUUAGCGGGUUCCUCGUCUUCCCAACGUCGUAGGUUUUGGGCUUUGGGCUGUUCUUCCUUAAAAGUAAAUAAGAAUACAUUGUUUUGUAUAUGAUUAAAUAAAUCUGCACCUACAAUAAAUUUUAAGUUCUUACACAGUG